UCAUUGUUUCACAAGAACUUUGUAGCAAAAUUGGGUGGAUGCUUACAUCUUCUUAGUUAUACAAAAAAUGAUGGUCACUUAUUUUUAAGUGGAAAUAACUCAAAUUUUACGGAAAAUAGUGCUGGAUUAGGGGGAGGCGUGUUCAUGUUGGUAUCAUCAGCCGUUUACUUGGAACUCUCGUGUUCAUUAUUUGAAUACAAUCAUGUAGGAGAAGGCUACGGAGGCGCCAUUUCACUUAAUGCACAGGAUAUAUUUUUAGCCAACUCAGUUACAUUGUUAGUCAAUCACACAAAAUUUACUGGAAACAGCGCCAUGAAUGGUGGAGCAAUAAUCCUCUCUAAUUAUUUAAGGGGUACGAGAGCAAUAAUUGGUAUAAAUAACGUCUAUUUUUUUCGUAAUUCUGCAUUAACCGGAGGAAUAGGAGGUGGAGGUGGAAUUUUUUUUCAAAGUGAAGGAAUACAAACUUUAGCGUCGUUUUCAAUUUCGAUAGAAAGAAGCAUUUUCGAGAAAAAUCUUGGGAGUUCUGGAGGUGCCAUAUAUUUACAUGGUGUUAAUGGCGACGUUUUGUGCAAGCAUUCAGUUUUUAAAUCAAACAGUGCGACUCUUCAAGGUGGAGCAUUCUACUUCUCAAUUUCCAAUUCAACGAUAAACAUAUUAAACACAACCUUUGAUAAUAACACAAAUAUCGAUAAUGCUGGAGGUGCAAUUUAUCUAGAAAUUAAUCAUGGAAGUAGGAUUCAUGUCGAUGAGUCAGUGUUUAAACACAAUGAAGCAAUUUAUAACAUGGGUGGUGGCAUGGCGAUAAUUACUAGAGGUGAUAUUUUGAAAAAUCCUCAAUGUGAAAAAGAUAUUAUGCGCUUAUGGGAUUACAACAAUUCUGUAACGAUAAAGAACACGAAUUUUAGUGAAAAUUUUGCCCGCAAUGGUGGUGCAGUCUCUAUGGAAAACGGAAUAAUAUAUUUCCAUAGUUGUCAUUUUGUCAACAAUUUUGCACAUGACGGUGGUCAUCUUAUCAACUAUGGAUCAAACAACUUAAAUUUAUUCAGUAGCACUUUUAACAACACAAUAACUCAUAAUUCUUCCUGUACAGAAACUUUCAUACAUACGUACAGCGAAGGACCAUUGAUUUUACACAAUACUACCGCAUUACAAGAAAUACAGUCAGAUAAUCCUUUGGUCUUGAUUGCAAAUGGCGGGAUUGUGGAUUUUGAUAAUUUUACAAUGUUGCGUUGCCCAGUUGGAUCAAACAUGGAAAUGUUGAAUCUCUCUUAUAGCAGAUGGAUAAAUAUUUCUUGUACAUACCGCGUCACUAUACUUCGCUUUGUAUGUACACAAUGUGAACAAGGCACGUAUAGCUUACAGCGGGGUCACACAUUAGGAUUGAGACCAGUUCAUCCAUUUUCUUGUCUACCUUGUCCAAAUGGAGCCGACUGUUUAACAACAAUCAAAUCAAAGCCAAACUUCUGGGGAUAUUUGAGCAAGAAAAAUAAGCCAUCUUUAAAAUUUACCAGAUGUCCUAAUGGCUAUUGUCUUGGAGGCUCAAAAAACGAAAAACGCGACAGCUACAACACGUGCAGAGGAAAGCGUAAAGGUUGGAUUUGCGGUCAUUGCUCUCCCGGUUACAGUGAAACUGUAUUCUCAACAGAUUGUAAAUUAACAGAAAAAUGUUUUGAUUAUUGGUUUUGGAUUGUGUUUAUCGUAUUGGCGUUCAGCAUGGCUUUGUUUUUUAUAUUUCAACCACCGAUUGUCACUUUUCUAGUAAAACAGAUAUUGUGGUUCAAAAAUGAAAGAACAAUAACUGAACACCUGAGCGAGAACAACAGAAGAUCAUUACGGUCAACAGAGAUGCAGAGAAGCGAUUCUCCGUUUGUUCUCUCCACUGAAGAAAUUGAAAACGAAAGGAAGGAUUCCGUAGGAUUUCUUGAAAUUAUUUUCUAUUUCUAUCAGAUUUCUUCCUUACUGCAAACAGAUACAAACAUAAAGCACCUUUUGAAAGCCCAAAUAAUUAUUCCUGUUCAGAGAUUUAUCAAUUUUCAGGGAGCUCAUUUCGAAGGUGUAUGUCCAAUACCUGGUCUCACAGCAACUGGAAAACAUUUGUUUGAUGUUGCAUUUGUAUUUGGAACUUUACUUGCCAUAUACUUUAUCUACAGUCUUCACUUUUUCAUAAGUAAGAUCUUUGGUGCAUACACUCCAAAAUUUAAACGUUACCUGGGGGCAACAAUGCAAACCAUUCUCUUAGGAUAUACAAAUAUUGCCAACGUUAGUCUCGCACUAAUUCAAUGCGUUCCCAUUAACUCUGACCGUCGUUGGUUUUAUGAUGGUAACAUAUUAUGCUACCAAUGGUGGCAGAUAGUGUUCAUUGCAUUUGACGUUGUUGUAUUAUUUCCCUUCUUCCUGGUGUUAGCCUGGCUUGCCUUGAAAUUGCACAAUGGAAUGAUUUCAACAAAGCAAUUCUUUCUUGCUUGUGUUGCUCCACUUCCUUUUUCCAUUUUUUGGUCUUUACAGUAUCUCUUGCAAUGGUUAAGUAUUUAUCGAAGUCCUGUAAGCAGGACAGUAAACACUACUGAGUAUACAGAUACGCUGAAAUCCAUCUUUCUCGCUCCAUUUCGCAAGCCUGAAGAGGGAAAGUCAGGUGCUGUCUAUUGGCAGAGCGUUCUUAUUGCACGACGUUUUCUCUUGACAUUUCUUGGUUGUUUUAUCACUGAUCCUACUUUACGACUCAUGUGCAUGGCAAUCAUCUGUGUGCUGGCCUUAUUACAUCAUAAAUGUGUGAAACCAUUCCAAAACCCUUGUGCCAACACAGCGGAAACCAUUUCUCUACUAAGUCUUGCAGUAAUGGCUAUCAUUAAUAUGUACAAAUCAUUUUACAGAUUUUCCAAAGAAGAUGUUAGUACAGGAUGGAUGUUCGUAUUUCCAACACUUGAUAUUAUCGAGAUGAUAAUGUUAGGUUUCAUACCUGGAAUGUUGAUUCUUCUGUUUGUAUUAGGGAUAUCAUCAUUGAUGGUACGUUUGGUUUUCAUGGCCAUCGCCACCAUACGUAGAAAAAUGCACCGCCAUGACCCAACAUACGAUGAACUGUUGGACGAUAACCAUGAGGAAAACUAAGAGGAAAGACUUGAUAUUUUUAAAUAAAAUUGCGCACGAUGAUUUAAAUGACUUUACUCAAUGGUUUGACUAUAUACUCAGGAUUAAUGAAUUGACUAUAUACUAAAAUUUUUUCAAAUAGCUUUAAAUUGUCUUUUUGAUCAUUUUCAUUUUGUUAAUUAAAAGUUUGAGGAUUCAGUGAAGUAGAAA